CGCACCUUCGCCGGGGCGUUCGCACGCAGCACCUGGAGCGUCUCACAGCAGCUGGAUGGGACCCUCGAGAGCAGGUGGGAGUGGAGAGCUGCAGGAGCCUCGGGUGUGAGAGCAAAGGAGCCGUGGAGGCCGGAGCGCUCGGUGUGCCCCGUGCCAGGGGGUGGGUGGGCCCCUGUGACGCCCAGCAACCCACUAACGCAAAUAGCCAGUGGCUCCUCUCCACCCCACUCCCCUCCUGGCUCAUGCGCUGGCUCCAAUUUCUCGGCGUCAGCCUCCGCCAGCGCUCAGCUGUUGGUUCCCCUCGCCCUGUCACUCCCGCUCUCCACGGGGCUGGGGCAGCUGCCCCCUCCCUGCUCACCCAGCACAGGGGGCUCUGCAGCCAACGGGACCCCAACGCCACCACCGUUCGCGGGGUUUUUCGUCGCGGGACGAGAGCUCCGAACACAGCCAUGACAGAGAAGGAAGUGCCGGAGCCGGCGGCUUCACCUGCUCCAGGUGGGAAACCCAAGAGCCGGCAGCUACAGAAGCUGAAGCAACUUUUCCAGCGAAAACCCAAGGAAGAGACGGCGACGGAGCCGCAGCCCAACGGGGAGCUGGUCAGCCCCUCGGGCGGCCCCAUCUACUACAUCUAUGAGGAGGAGGAAGAGGAAGAAGAGGAGGAGGAGCCUGAACCCCCACCCGAGCCCCAGAAACUUGUCAACGACAAACCCCACAAGUUCAAAGAUCAUUACUUCAAAAAGCCCAAAUUCUGCGACGUUUGCGCCCGCAUGAUCGUCCUCAACAACAAAUUUGGCCUGAGGUGCAAGAACUGCAAAACCAACAUCCACCACCACUGCCAGUCCUACGUGGAGAUGCAGCGCUGCUUCGGCAAGAUCCCCCCGGGGUUUCGGCGGGCGUACAGCUCACCCCUCUACAGCGACCAGCAAUACGCCUGCGUCAAGGAGCUGCUGUCAGCCAACAGGAGCGACCCCGUGUUCGAGACCCUGCGGACGGGCGUCAUUAUGGCCAACAAGGAGCGCAAGAAAGGGCAGGACGACAAGAAAAACCCCUUGGCUGCCAUGAUGGAUGAGGAACCAGAAGCCGCAAAGCCAGAAGAGGGCAAAGCCGAGGGCGGCACCUCCGAAGGGGACAAGAAGACUGAGAAGAGCCCAACAGAUGACAAGAACAAGAAGCCGCAGCCGGGGCUGCGUGGUGGCUUUCUGCAGUCUCACUACUUUGUGGCGCUUUAUCGCUUCAAAGCCCUGGAGAAGGACGACCUCGAUUUCCCGCCGGGGGAGAAGAUCACAGUGGUCGAUGACUCCAACGAGGAGUGGUGGCGGGGGAAGAUCGGUGAGAAAAUUGGCUACUUCCCUCCCAACUUCAUCAUCCGGGUGCGGGCGGGCGAGCGGGUGCACAAGGUGACGCGUUCGUUUGUGGGCAACCGGGAGAUCGGGCAGAUCACGCUCAAGAAGGAUCAGAUCGUGGUGCAGAAGGGUGAGGAGGUGAAUGGUUAUGUCAAAGUCUACACCGGCCGCAAAGUCGGGCUCUUCCCCGUGGACUUCCUGCAGGAGAUCUGAGCGGGGGCAGCAUCCCAGGGCCCCCCAGCCGGGGGGUGGACGGACCCUGAUGGGGAUGGGGACAGGGACAGCAGGAACCCCUGUCCCUGAUGCCUGCAGCAGCGGGGGCUCUGGUGGGGACCAUCCCCACCAGGACAAGCGCAGGCCUGGGGUUUGGGAGGUGCCUCUCGCGCUGUUUCCCCUGGGGGGUUUGUAGCGCCUUAGCACGCUGGGUGCAAGGAGGGGGCACCCCCAGACUCGCUGGGGUGGCGGGCGCCUCGGGGUCGUCAGCGGGGCCGCUCCGGGCUGUGUAAUCCUGUGUUGUGACAAUACACGUCUGCUACCCCA